CAAGCUCAACUGUAUUCCUUUCUUUCAAGAGAAUGGACGAAUCACAAUUACCGCUCUCUGCUCCACACUCCAAUUCAACAUAAGCUUUCAUCAACCAAAAAAAAAGAAACUUCUAGGUUCUUCCAGAACCUUCCACUUCUUCCUUUCUUUUUCUGUUUUCUUCUUUUUCUUGGGAAGCAAUCAGCCAUGGCCGCGAGUGGGAGAUCUACUGGCACAGUGAAAUGGUUCAACGCCCAGAAGGGUUUCGGAUUCAUAGCUCCCGACGAUGGCGGCGAGGAUCUCUUCGUGCAUCAAACUUCCAUUCGAUCCGAUGGCUACAGGACCCUAUCGGAGGGCCAGCCGGUGGAGUUCCUCGUCGAUUACGGCGACGCAGGGAAAACCAAGGCCGUCGACGUGACAUCCAUGGUUAGAUCUCGUCGUUUUGGUGGUUUUCGCGGUGGAGGUGGGAGGGCUAGAGGAGGAGGUGGAUACGCCGGGCGCUACGGCGGCGGAGAAGGCUACGGUGAUGGUUACGGGUAUGGUAGAGGCGGAGGGAUCGGGCGGAGAGGAGGAGGAGGAGGUUACGGUGGUGGAGGUGGCAGAUUUGGUGGUGGUGGUGGUGGUGGGGGAGGCCCUGAGUGUUAUAAUUGUGGAAGAAUAGGUCAUUUGGCGAGAGAUUGUUAUCAGGGACAGGGUGCUUUUGAAGGAGGGUAUCGGAGAGGCCGUGGCGGCGGCAGUGGCGGCGGUGGAGGAGGACGAGGAGGAGGGUGUUAUAACUGUGGUGAGGAAGGGCAUUUUGCGAGGGAAUGUCCGAAUGCUGGAAAAUGAGUAAGAAUGUGGGGAUUCUGAUUUACUAUAUUGAAUUGUGAGUCUGUUACUGUUAGUUGGGGUUGGGUACAUAUAUUCUGCGGAUUGGACGAUGCUAGGCGCAGAAGAACGUGAACAAGAACAUGAACAAUUUUUUUUUGUUUUCUUUGGUUUCUAGCUAUUGGCGUUUGGUUCAAAACUUGUUUUGCUGGAUUUGCUAAUUGUUGAUUAUUUUAUUAAAUGCGGUUCUUUUCA